AUGCCGCUCUGCAUUGUCCAGGCCAGAAGAGCUACCGUCUCGGUUGUUUUGUACAGCCUUGCCAUGCGCGCCAAUGGCUCUCGCAGCGGUCUGUCCGGGCAUAUGAACAACGCCACUGAAUACCGUUCCCACGCAGCCAGGGCAAAUUGUCGUUGCCAUGCUGCAGCUCAAGUACGCGUCAACAGAUGCAUCUGGUGCAUCACCGGCGAAAUACCCAGAGCUGUGGAGAAAGACUUCUGA